AUGUCCAGUGUCCGGAAGGAUUCCAUCAUUUCAAACAUCUUCCCAGCCGACCGACUUGACGAACGUGAUCGUGCCCGAUCAGUUUGUGCCAACAACAACGCCACGUUGAGUCUUCCGGAAAACCAGAAGGAGUCAGAUUUUAUAGCGGCCUUUUCCACCAAACACAACAUCUCCGAAACGCAUGCAGCCGACGGACAAACGUCUCCGAGAUGUGCAGCUCGUGUGUAUAAGGCUAUGAAGGAAAACAGAGAUUUCAACUCGUCAGCUGUCAAAGGAGAGUGUAACUUGAAUAAUAGGUACUUCCUCUUCGACAAUGCCAACACUGAUCCAGCGUUCGUCUUUGCCAAAUUUUCUUACCCUCCUCCAAACCAAUUUGGUUCGUUUUGGUCAGCGAAUGAACCCAAAGUCUACCACUUUGCGGCAUGCUUAGCUUACAGCCCUCAAUUUAAUCCGACAAAUGCCACUAAUCCAGGCUAUGCAAACACUUCAUACUGUGUUGGAAGACCCAUUGGCAAAGUGGACAGUGAACAUGACUUUGCAUCAGGUCAACAGGAAAUUAAAUCCGUGAUUUGCGGACGACAUCCGUUGUGA